GCUCGGGUCGCCGUUCGGAUGUAUCUCAGCCUGCAGUGCCAGUUCUGGGCUGGCCCGGCUUCUGUCGUCAUUUGUUCGUCGAGCGGUUCGCAUGUACUUCGCUUACGUCCGUUCGCGAUCCGUUCCGUCGGUUUUCGGGCGCGUGUUUCCGGCUAACGGUCAACGGGACUGUGGGCGCCACAAUGGAUUCAGAUUGUUGAGAUUCAGAUACAGUGGAAUAAACGAUAUCUAGCGGAUUAUUCAGUGUGUGUCACCCGAAAUGAGUGCAAAUCUAUUUUAAAUGGUGUGCAAUUAAAAGGAAAACAAAGCAAAAAGUAGAAAAGUCUAUACGAAUACUUGACAAAAUGCAUUUGGGAAAGAUGCGUGGCAUGCCGCGGCGUCGGUUGCAGCCGCCUCAGCAUUUAUCUAACGAAGCGAAAAGCGAAAUUAAAUUUAAAAAUACCGUACGACGACACAGAAACAAUCAAAAUGUCAGCUCCCCAGGGCUAAAAAUAUUCAAAGUCGAUCGGAGGAGCCUCCUGCCUGUGACUUUCCCACUGCUGUUGCUCCUCGCGGGAUUAAAUGGAUUAACUCAAGUUGAUGCGCUCAAGGGUGAAAAUCCACGCAUCAUCGAGCAUCCCAUGGACACGACGGUGCCAAAAAAUGAUCCAUUUACUUUUAAUUGUAAAGCCGAGGGCAAUCCAACACCAUCCAUCCAAUGGUUUAAGGACGGCCGCGAACUGAAGACGGAUUCGGGUUCGCAUCGCAUAAUGCUGCCCGCCGGUGGUUUAUUCUUUCUCAAGGUCAUCCACUCACGUAGAGAGAGCGAUGCGGGCACUUAUUGGUGUCAGGCCAAGAACGAGUUUGGCGUGGCCCGCUCCAGGAAUGCGACGCUGCAAGUGGCAUUUCUACGCGACGAAUUCCGCUUGGAGCCCGUUAAUACCCGAGUGGCCCAGGGCGAAGUGGCCCUGAUGGAAUGCGGUGCCCCGCGAGGAUCCCCAGAGCCACAGAUAUCCUGGCGGAAAAACGGCCAGACACUGAAUCUCGCCGGCAACAAGCGGAUACGGAUUGUCGAUGGCGGCAAUCUGGCCAUCCAGGACGCCCGCCAAUCCGACGAUGGCCGGUAUCAGUGUGUGGUCAAGAAUGUGGUAGGCACCCGGGAGUCGACCACAGCUUUCCUCAAAGUGCACAUUCGGCCCUUCCUCAUCCGUGGUCCGCAGAAUCAAACGGCUGUUGUGGGCAGCUCAGUGGUCUUCCAGUGUCGCAUCGGCGGUGAUCCCCUUCCGGACGUUCUGUGGCGACGCACUGCCUCCGGCGGCAAUAUGCCUUUGCGUCGUGUGCACGUCCUCGAGGACCGCAGUCUGAAGCUGGACGACGUCACGCUGGAGGACAUGGGCGAGUACAGUUGCGAGGCGGACAAUGCGGUGGGCGGCAUCACGGCCACGGGCAUCCUCACCGUUCACGCUCCUCCCAAGUUUGUGAUACGCCCCAAAAAUCAACUGGUCGAGAUCGGUGAUGAAGUGCUGUUCGAGUGCCAGGCAAAUGGACAUCCCAGACCCACCCUUUACUGGUCGGUGGAGGGCAAUAGCUCUUUGCUGCUGCCCGGCUACCGAGAUGGCCGCAUGGAAGUGACCCUCACGCCCGAGGGUCGCUCAGUGCUUUCGAUAGCCCGGUUCGCUCGCGAGGAUUCCGGCAAGGUGGUCACCUGCAAUGCCCUGAACGCCGUGGGCAGUGUCAGCAGCCGGACGGUGGUCAGUGUGGAUACGCAAUUCGAAUUGCCACCCCCAAUUAUCGAACAGGGUCCGGUAAACCAAACCCUGCCGGUCAAAUCCAUCGUGGUGUUGCCUUGCCGAACCCUGGGAACUCCAGUGCCCCAGGUAUCCUGGUACCUGGAUGGCAUUCCCAUCGAUGUGCAGGAGCACGAGCGCCGGAAUCUGUCGGAGACAGGAGCCCUGACCAUUUCCGAUCUUCAGCGGCACGAGGACGAGGGCCUGUACACCUGUGUGGCCAGCAAUCGCAACGGCAAGUCCUCCUGGAGCGGAUACCUUCGCCUGGACACUCCCACAAAUCCCAAUAUCAAGUUCUUCAGGGCCCCGGAACUCUCCACUUAUCCGGGUCCGCCGGGCAAGCCGCAAAUGGUCGAGAAGGGCGAGAGCUCCGUGACUCUCAGCUGGACGAGGAGCAACAAAGUGGGCGGCUCCAGCCUGGUGGGCUACGUGAUUGAGAUGUUUGGCAAAAACGAGACGGAUGGCUGGGUGGCUGUGGGCACGAGGGUGCAGAACACAACGUUUACCCAAACGGGUCUGCUGCCGGGAGUGAAUUACUUUUUUCUGAUUCGGGCGGAGAACUCGCAUGGCCUGUCCCUGCCCAGCCCCAUGUCGGAGCCGAUUACAGUGGGAACGCGGUACUUCAACAGUGGCUUGGAUCUGAGCGAAGCUCGAGCCAGUCUCCUGUCCGGAGAUGUGGUCGAGCUGAGCAACGCCAGUGUUGUGGACUCCACAAGCAUGAAACUCACCUGGCAGAUCAUCAAUGGCAAAUACGUCGAGGGCUUCUAUGUCUACGCCAGACAGUUGCCAAAUCCAAUAGUCAACAAUCCGGCUCCCGUUACGGCCAAUACCAAUCCGUUGCUGGGCUCCUCAUCCGCAUCCGCUUCGGCAUCCGCAUUGAUUUCGACAAAACCAAAUAUUGCCGCUGCCGGGAAACGUGAUGGGGAGACGCAUCAGAACGGAGGCACGGGAGUAGCAACAUCAUCCGCCCUGAGCACCAAGUAUCGGAUGCUGACGAUUCUGAACGGAGGUGGAGCCUCGUCCUGCACCAUCAGCGGCCUCGUCCAGUACACGCUCUAUGAAUUUUUCAUCGUGCCAUUUUACAAAUCCGUGGAGGGCAAGCCGUCGAACUCGCGCAUAGCCCGCACCCUGGAAGAUGUGCCCAACGAAGCGCCAUAUGGAAUGGAGGCAUUGCUACUUAACUCCUCGGCAGUGUUCCUCAAAUGGAAGGCUCCCGACCUCAAGGAUCGCCAUGGCAUUCUCCUCAACUAUCAUGUCAUAGUUCGAGGAAUCGACACGGCCCACAACUUCUCCCGCAUUUUGACCAACGUCACCAUCGAUGCCGCCUCGCCCACCUUGGUCCUGGCCAAUCUCACCGAAGGCGUCAUGUACACGGUGGCGGUGGCUGCCGGAAAUAAUGCCGGAAACGGUCCAUACUGUGUCCCAGCCACUUUGCGUUUGGAUCCCAUCACCAAACGGCUCGAUCCGUUCAUCAAUCAGCGCUAUCCCAUCAAUCAGGACCAUGUUAACGAUGUGCUGACACAGCCCUGGUUCAUAAUACUCCUGGGCGCCAUCCUGGCCGUUCUAAUGUUGUCCUUCGGCGCGAUGGUAUUUGUGAAGCGCAAGCAUAUGAUGAUGAAGCAGUCGGCUUUGAGUACAAUGCGUGGCAAUCACACGAGCGACGUGCUCAAAAUGCCGAGUCUAUCGAAUCGCAAUGGCAACGGCUACUGGCUGGACUCCUCCACCGGCGGUAUGGUGUGGCGUCCCUCGCCCGGCGGCGACUCGCUGGAGAUGCAAAAGGAUCACAUAGCCGACUAUGCGCCGGUGUGCGGUGCCCCUGGUUCUCCGCCCGGCGGCGGAGGUGGCGGUUCCGGUGGCAACGGCGGUGCAGGCGGUGGUGUUAGCGGCGUCGAUGACAUUCAUGGGGGACACGGCAGCGAACGCAAUCAGCAGCGGUACGUGGGCGAGUACUCCAACAUUCCCACCGACUAUGCGGAAGUGUCCAGUUUCGGCAAAGCACCAAGCGAAUACGGACGGCAUGGCAACGCCUCCCCGGCCCCGUAUGCCACCUCCUCGAUCCUGAAUCCCCACCAGCAGCAGCAGCAGCAGCAACAGCGUUAUCAACAGCGCCCAGUUCCCGGUGGUUAUAACCUGCAACGCCCCAUGCAUCCCCACUACCAGCAGCAACAGCAACAGCAGCAGCAGCAACACCAGACUCUGCCACAACACCAGCAACUGCCCCCCGGCAACAUCUAUCAGCAGAUGUCCACCACCAGCGAGAUCUAUCCCAGCGGAAAUGGGCCACCGCGCUCCGUUUAUUCGGAACAGUAUUAUUACCCGAAGGACAAGCAGCGUCAAAUCCACAUAACCGAGAAUAAAUUGAGCAACUGCCACACUUACGAGGCAGCUCCCGGAGCCAAGCAGUCCUCGCCGAUGUCCUCGCAGUUUGCCAGUGUGCGGCGCCAGCAGUUGCCCCCCAAUUGCAGUAUUGGCAGGGACAGUGCCCGCUUCAAGGUGCUGAACACGGAUCAGGGAAAGGGUCAGCAGCAGAACCUGCUCGACUUGGACGGCUCCUCCAUGUGCUACAAUGGCCUGGCCGACUCCGGCUGCGGUGGCUCCCCCUCUCCCAUGGCCAUGCUGAUGUCGCACGAGGAUGAGCAGGCGCUCUACCACACGGCCGACGGUGAUCUGGACGACAUGGAGCGGCUCUACGUGAAGGUGGACGAGCAACAGCCACAGUUGCAGCAGCAACAGUUGCUGCCCCUGGUGCCGCAACAUCCCGCCGAUCCGCACCUGCAGUCCUGGCGUGGCCAGAGCACUCGGAGCAGUCGCAAGAACGCCCAGGAGUCGAGCAAGGAGCCCAACGAGCUGAUCUACGCCCCGGGAAGUGUGGCCAGCGAGCGGAGUCUGCUAAGCAACUCGGGCAGUGGCAGCAGUCAGCCGGCGGGCCACAAUGUCUGACCCUUGCACAGUGGUUCCUCGUUGGGCCAAUCUCAAUCCAAAUGCCUGUCCCAGAGCGAGCUGCAGUCCCAGGAGCAGCUGUACGCCAAGGAGGUGCGGGAGCUGCUGGCCUGGUGCGAACGCUUCAACAAUGGCGGCGUGGAGAACUUCGAGUAGGACGGGAAAGUGAAAGGAAAAGUUUUGAAGGAUAGGGGUUCGGAUUGGGCAGGGCAAGGGGUUGCAAGGAGCGCAGUGGAGACGAGCGAGGGGGAUGAUUUCGCCAGGACUCUGCCCCCUCGCACGUUUCCUUCCACGCAUUUGUCACGGAAAUGUGACCAAGACUGAGACUGACAGAGUGCGAGAACCGUGUGAAGUUUAUUUAUAAUUUCUUUAGUAUUAAAUGUUUUCUUUUCGAUAUAUAUGUACGUAUGAAUAACAGCCGAGGGCCGCCGCACUGGAGGCAAUCGGCUCUAUGCUAGUGAUAGACAUAUUAUCCUGUUUCUUCAACUCUCACGCUCAUCUAUCUCCUGCUCGCGCUAAUCUCCGACUAUGAACUGCUUUCGUUUUAGCUUAAGACUAGCCGUAGCAAGAUCACUGUAAAUGUUAAAAAAUAAAGUAUGAUAAGUUCCUCCUUGCAUGCAGACGCCGAUAGCCAGGACUCUGCAUUAGCUGUAGGCUAUAGAAACCGACCUAGAUAGCUUGUUUGUUACUUAAGGGGUUCGAUUAGGCCUAGAAUACAGACAGAUUUCGAUUCACUAACCACUAAGUGUACAUAUUGUAUCGCACUAGCUCUAGUUAAUGAUAAGUACGCGUAUAUCUCUCUAUAAAUAUCAAAUGAAUUAUUCAAUCUAAUUAUGCAAAUGUGAACACAAACGAGUAGGCAUAAAGAGUAAUAUUUAAACAUUUAAAUAACAUAAACAUAAACGUAAACAUAUACAGUUGCAGUUACGGACAAGUGAAUAAAUUGUGCAUAUAGUAAUUUAAAUUGUAAUAAUUAUAGCCUAGCCCCAGCCCAUCAAUUAGUUGUUGUUCAAAUACCCAAAUACAUACGCAUAGUAAUGGACAUAUUAGUCCGUAAUAGCCAUAGGAUCUGCAUUUAAAAACCACCUUCAAGGCAUAUAUGACAAAAUCCUUCAAUUUCGGGCCAGGAUGUUGGGCCGGAAAGCACUUUUGUUCCGCCGCUCCUGGCUCGCACUAAUGAACUGUAUUAAAGGCAGGCAAUUAAUAUAUAGAAACAUUGUAUAUCCCACGAUUUGUGCCGAAAUCUCGGCUGAGUACACACCUAGCAUGUUGUUUAUCGCACCCACAGCCCAGAACGAUGGAAAUUAAGUGCAUUUGUAUGUGUGUCUAUGCGUAAAUGUAAUUAUUGAUAUUGAAUACGUAUUUACAAUGUAGCAAUUACAAAAGCAAAAAAAUAAAAAGCGCCAUAAUUAUGAAAUUAAAA